UCCCCCACCCCGAAUAACAGAACCCACGCUUUGCAAGCGGCGCUCCGAACUGUCUCCCACCGUAGUACCCAAAUGCGCUUUGGGAUGAUAGAAUUGGAGACUGCGCCCUCUCAAGCAAAUGGGGAAUCAUUCCGGGGAGGGGAGAGUGGGGUGGGAGAAAAAGCGAGUCUUGUGGAAAAAUUAUCCCCACCUUCUUUCUCCGCCUCCUUUGCCUCUUACGCACUUACACCUCUUUCCCGCCGCAGUCACUAGAGAAAAUAAACAUUUUCCUGACGCCUUUCCAGAGUCUGGGCCAAACCAUCCCGGGGGAGGGGCGUUUCUAGCGGUUUUUCUUUCUUUUUUAGGUCCAGGGCUGGGAUAAAGUUUGGAAAAAGCGACUCUCCUCCCUCUCUUCAUUCUCGUUCACCGGUCCGAAGGCUUCGAACGAAUUCCGGGGCUCCUUCGCUCAGUGCAGUUGAUGGCAGUGCCGGCGCGCGCCGGGAGCGCAACGCCCCGGGGACCGGAGCCCAAGAUGUGCAGGCAGAGCAGAGGCAGCGGCUGCAGCAGCUCCGGAGCUCGAAAGAGGAACGGGGACCGGCAGUGUCGUCCAUCGCUCGUGGCAAGUCUGCUCUCCUGACUUGCCUGCCGCCCUUUCCCCCCCGCCCCUCCCGGCGCUCCCCCAAAGAAUGUCAGCCAAGUCUAAGGGGACCACAUCCUCCUCCUCCGCCACCUCCUCGUCCCUGUCCUCUCCAGCCGAAGGAGUGCCGCCAGCUUCCAAAGCCAAGGUGAAGGACCAGAUUAAGAUAAUCGUGGACGAUUUGGAAUUAGUCCUGGGGGACCUGAAGGACGUGGCCAAGGAGCUGAAGGAGGUGGUUGACCAGAUUGAUACACUCACUUCUGAUCUGCAGCUGGAAGAUGAGAUGACUGACAGCUCAAAAACAGAUACAUUGAAUAGCAGUUCAAGUAGCACAACAGCAUCCAGUUUGGAAAAAAUAAAGGUUCAAGGCAGUGCUCCACUCAUCAGGGCUCCGCCCCAUCCAUCUGCUAUUCUAACAGUAUUAAGGAAACCCAAUCCCCCACCACCUCCUCCACGGUUGACUCCAGUGAAGUGUGAAGACACCCACAGGCCAAUUAUCUCUGACAAUCCUGUAAAGACUAAUGGGACUCUGCUACGAAAUGGAGGCUUACCAGGAGGACCUAAUAAAAUUCCAAAUGGAGAUACGUAUGGUAUAUCAAAUAAUAAUUUGGACAAAGUUCCGAUGCAACCUCUUAUGCACAGAUCUGAGAAAGACAGAUGUCCUCAGGCUGGAACACGGGAGCGGGUACGAUUUAAUGAAAAGGUGCAGUACCAUGGCUAUUGUGCUGAUUGUGACGUGCGGUAUAAUAUUAAAAACAGGGAGGUUCAUUUGCACAAUGAGCCUGCUCACAUCCCAGGAAAACCUCCUCAACAGUGUCCUCCCUUACCACCACCUCCUUCACCACUUCCUCCUCCCCCAUUAGAAAAUGGAGGGGUGGGCAUAUGUCCCAGUAAUAGCUUUCCCCCUCUCAGACCUGCAACUGUGCCUCCACCAACUGCACCAAAACCCCAAAAGACCAUCCUGAGAAAAUCAACCACAACAACAGUGUGAUUUUUCCCACCUGGAAAACUGUUUUUGCUUUUGUUUUUUCUUAUGUACAAACAUUGAAAAAAGGUAAAGAGCACUUUCUACAAAAGCAAUAAAAAGCCCAAAUAUAUUGCACCAUUUUGUUCUGUGAAGUGGCAAAAAAUUACCUGGAUAUCCCAGCCAAUGAGAAUAGAACAGUUCAUUCAAAGCAUCACGAAUGUUGCAUUAACACAUGUCCAGCUAUCUUGUUUUAGAGCUCCUUCAGGCUAGAAGGUAUCUUAACAUUUGACGACACUACAACCAGUUCUCCUAUGACAGAUUUGACAGUGCAACCUCCUUCAGGCAAUACUAAAUAAUAACAUGGACUCUCCUUAGAGCAUGAGCACCCUUGAGCCUGAGCACAACUGAUGAUUGGUGCCAUCUGCAUUAAUACACCGGCCUCAUUCAACAGCUAUGAGCUGAGUCCUGACAAAAGCCACAGCCUUAAGUACCAUGCACUCUGACAGAAGAAACAAAAGUCAGUUACUUUUCUGACCCAUUGCAGAAACAACAAUUGCCGAACAGCAUUCCUGUGAUCCAGCCAAAUGUGUUAAACAGAUGUAGCAAAAUGAAAGUUGGAAGCAGUUAAAUGGAUCAGGCAAUGCCGAUGCAUAUUGGGUAGAAGAGAAGGCUAUUAUUGUCUCCUGUGCAAAUUCAAAGCCAUAGAAGAGAGACAGUUGAUGCUAAUAUGCUUGGGAAAAAAGGUUGUUUCCUGUCCUUUGCUGAAACAAUUCAACUGUUACAGCAUGCAUCUCAAUGCACUUCUAAUAUUUGCACUGUCACUUUCAUUCAGGGGAAUGAUGUAAGCCAUCAUUUGCACAGAUGGCCACAUGAAAUUUUAGCCAACAAGAUGUAUGUUGAGGGUUUGAGAGCAAAAAAAAUUAAAUUAAAUUUGUGUACAAAAAUGAAGAAAACAUAACAUCAGUCCAUCACUUUGCAGCUGGAAUCUUUAAAAAAGUAAAUAGUUGCUCCUUAGAACUGAGAUAACAAUAAUGAUAACAAGAAAGCAUCAACAAGCUAACAUGGAUUUUAGAAUCAAUCUAAUUUUAAUACAUUUUUUUAUCAGUGUAACAACAAAGAAAUUGAUCGAGAUAACUGUUAUGUUCCUAAUGAAGACCGACAGAAACCUCCCAAUUACUAUAAAGGAAGAAAACAUGUUUGUAUUACAUAUUUGACACAUGACAUUUUUAUAGCUUCAUGGAAAAUGUAUCAGAUAAAUAGGCAUUUUCAGUUUAUUUUUCUAAAUAAAUGUGUUUGUAUCAUUUACAUUUACUUAUUUUUGCUGAUUUUCAUUACUCAACCACUAUUCCCUCUUUCAUUGAAAAGGGAAACAUAAAGACAAAAACCAAAACAUAGAUUUUGCCAUGCUAAAAUCAGAAUGAUUUGCAGACUGAAAGCUUUAUUAUAAAAUGUUGUUUGUAGAAUUAUAAAGUAUAUUUCUAUGGUAAAUACAUAUGGAAAGUAAGAAAGUCUGUAUUUUAAUCUUUACUUUCAAUACAUAGGUUAUUUUUACUAUUCUAAGGAAGUAUUUAGUUAGCAUAGCUUAUUGGGAAGUCUUAGAUAUGUUUAAUUAUGUUUGGUAUAGUUUAUAAUGAAGCUAUAUGUACAUAACACAAGACACGAUCCAGUACCUGAUCUCUGCAUGGUCAAAGGAUCUGAGGGUAGUAUAUAAUGCAGUUACUGCUAGUAUCCAUUUCCAAAAAUAAUAUCCAUAUAUUAGGCUUCUGCUCCAGGUAUAAAUAAUGUUAUACCACAGAUGGGACACAUUCAUAAAAUUAUUAAUCCAGUGUUCUGGCCUUUAGUUAGCUAGGAUAGCCUUUGUGUGCAGGUGAUCCAGAUUGUAGGGAUUGUGUGGCACUUUGGAUAGAAGAUAAUGGAUGUAUCAAUAGGCAUCCACAGAAACAUCCUGCUUUUGUCAGUGACCAAAGCAACAGGAAACUGCAAACUCCAUCCUUUUGGGAGAUGUAUGUGAUGUCAAAGGAAAUAUAAAAGGGAUCACUUCACUUUGAAGGUUUUGGGGUCAUAUAAAUUGGUUCCUUUCUGGUAUAAGCUUUUCUGUCCCUGCUGUUUCUAUUCCCAAGAAGAUCCCAUUCAAUUCCUUAGCUGUAAUCUAAAAACAGAUUGACACAGGACCAGUAUAUAGUAUCAUACCUACACUUUCUGCUUAUAAAUGAAGGGCUGGAUUUGGUUCCCAAUUUGCAUUUUAUUUUCAAGAAGACAAUAAAAUCAUUGCAUUGCCUCAAUUUUUUUUUUUUUUUUUUUUUGAAUCCAAAUCUUACAAUGGAUUUCAGGCAGCUUUACAAUUACCAUUUUUCUUCAUUGGAAGAGAGACAGGUGAAAGUCAAGUUAAUACAUCAAUGUGGCCCUUUCAUUUGACACAGAAAAUUCUAGUAUCAAUUCCCAAAUCAAUUUCCUUCAAAGUUAAAUUGGAAUGCAAAAGAAUUGAUUGUUACUUCAGAUAGUAUAUUUUAAGCCUUGAAUAUUUAUUUUCAUACAAUAUUAUUAAAAAAAACACAAAAGCAUGAUAUCCAAGAAUCCCUAAAUUCUAACAAAAGUCAACUUACUGCAAAAAUAGAAUGUAACACUCUGUGUGGCAAUGCAAUUUGAUGUUGUAUGUCUGGUUUUAGUUUUAGAAAAUAACUUUCAGUGUAGUUGGAUUCUUAAACAUAACACAUGAUACCUAGCAGGGAUUUAUUUCCAUGCUGUAACUUACAAUUCUUAUUACAUGUCAUUGUUGAAUGAAAUACAAUUUGGGGAAUGAGAGAAUGAGAAAUUGGGUAAGAUUGUCAAAUACAGUUUGCAAACAAGAAGAGUUGCUGUACUCAUUCAGUGCAGUAUUUUGUUAUUAGUUCAUAAAUUCCUUUGAUGCCAGAAUUGUUUUGAAUAAAAUAUAUAUUUUCCUUU